GGGCGUUCGGUCGCAGACAACGUUUUCUUCCUUUCUAGUCAGUGAAGUGAAGUCCAGGUCGGAAGGGCGGAGAAUAGGCGUUUCCUCACUCGUGACAAGCGCUGUCCCUCGCCUCGCUUUCCUGCUCCGAGGCCCGGGUUGAUCCGUACAGUCCAUGACCGCUCGGCACUCGGCGUGCAAGGGGCGGGACCGGCUCGGGAUUGGCUGUAGCCGUCCUAACCCCCUUCGCCGCCCGCCAAUACCUGUGGCCCGCAGGCGCCUGCGCAAUGGGACGGCCGUGGGGGGCGGGAAGCGCUUCGCGGCAGCGGAGCCCAUGUCGGCCCUGAGGCGCUCGGGCUACGGCCCCAGUGACGGCCCUUCGUACGGCCGCUACUACGGGCCCGGGGGCGGCGAUGUCCCGGUCCACGUACCUCCGCCCUUAUACCAUCCGCUUCGCCCGGAGCCUCCCCAGCCUCCGGUUUCCUGGCGAGGGCGCGGGGGCGCCCCGGCCGAGACCACCUGGCCGGGAGAAGGCGCAGGUGGUGAUGGCUACUACCCCUCUGGAGGCGCCUGGGCAGAACCGAGCAGAGCUGGAGGAGGCCACCAGGAACAGCCACCAUAUCCUGGUUAUAACUCUAACUACUGGAAUUCUGUGCGACCCAGGGCUCCGUACCCAAGCACAUACCCUAUGAGGCCAGAGUUACAAGGCCAGAGUCUGAAUUCUUACGCAAAUGGAGCAUAUGGCCCACCUUACCCUCCUGGCCCUGCAACAGCAAGUGCUGCCUCUUACUCUGGGGCUUACUACGUACCUGGCUAUGCUCAAGGCACUUACUCCACGGACAUUCCUAGCACCUACCGUUCACCUGGUAACAGCCCGACUCCAGUGUCGCGUUGGAUGUAUCCCCAGCAGGACUGUCCGACAGAAGCGCCUCCUCUGCGGGGUCAGGUGCCGGGGUAUCCUGCUUCACAGAACCCUGCAAUGACCUUGCCCCAUUAUCCUUACGGAGAUGGCAACCGCACUGUGCCACAGUCUGGAGCAACUGGACGACCACAAGAUGAUGCAUGGGCUUCUAGUGCUUACGGGAUGGGAGCCCGUUAUCCCUGGCCUUCAGCUGCACCCUCAGCCCCCUCUGGGAACCUGUACAUGACGGAAAGUGCUUCACCAUGGCCCGGUAACAGUUCUCCUCAGCCACCUCCUUCACCUCCACCCCAACAGCCUAAGGACUCCUCAUAUUCCUAUAGCCAAUCGGGUCAAGGCAUGAACCGGCACAGCUUUCCUUGCAGCGUCCGUCAGUAUGAAUCUCCGGGAGCAGUGAACAAUGAUGAAUCAGACCUUUUGGAUUCUCAAGUCCAAUAUAGUGCUGAGCCGCAGUUGUAUGGGAAUACCAGCAGUGAGCAUCCAAGCAACCAAGUUCCCAGUAAUAAUCUCCCUGAAGAGUGUUUCUCUUCAGAUGAAGGCACUCCUCCAAGUAUUAAAAAAAUCAUACAUGUGCUGGAGAAGGUCCAGUAUCUUGAGCAAGAAGUAGAGGAGUUUGUGGGGAAAAAGACAGACAAAGCCUACUGGCUUCUGGAAGAAAUGCUGACAAAGGAACUGUUAGAACUGGAUUCUGUUGAAACUGGGGGCCAGGACUCUGUGCGUCAGGCCAGGAAAGAAGCUGUUUGUAAGAUCCAGGCCAUACUGGAAAAGUUAGAAAAAAAGGGAUUAUGAAAUAAUUCGGAAUGCAGCGGAAGCCUGUUAAUGAUUUGGCCAAAGAACUCUUUAAUUUGGUUAGUUCCCAUCUUUUGAAAUGCCUGUUGUGACAAGAAGCAACACAUUCCAACUUUCUUCUGAGCUAAAACUUGAAAGGAAAAAGAACUGGAAAAGCCAGCAGAGGAAUGGAAUUGCAGCAGUGACAAGAUUCUUUUCAGUUUUCAGAUGACUGCACAUAAUAGGAAACUGGAAUUAUCAGUAUUGCCAAGUAGACCUACUUCUUACGAAACCCACUGAUGUCUGGAGGCUGCUGCUUAUCAGGUCGCAGGAGGGAGAUAGACUUAUGUAACAGGUUGUCAAAAACCGGAUCUGAGACAAGCAGGCUGUUUUGUAAGCAUCUGGACUGUCACAUUUUUGUGCAUUGUGACUGCAUAUACUUCAUGUGUAUAUUAUAGCCUAGACUCUUGGACCUCUGUUCUGUUUUCUUACCAGCAGGUCACAGAUGUAAUACUAUUCUACUUCUUCGUACAUUUUGUAGUAAUAUGUUUAAUAUAAUCAAAUAUUGGCAGCCA